CCGCGACCCGGAGGCGGAACCGCCGGGCAUAGCGCAGAUCUCGGCUCCGGGAGCGCAGAGGACCCCGCGGGCUUGCAGGGGCCCGGGUGUCCCCGCGCCGCGCCCGGCCAUGCGCGCCCUCGCCCCCGCCCCCGCCGUGCGCCCCCCGAAGCCCGGGGCGCUGCUGCUCGCGCUCCUGGUCGCGCUCCCGGCGGUUCUGGCCGAGGCCCCGCACCUGGUGCGCGUGGACGCGGCUCGCGCGCUGCGGCCCCUUCGGCCCUUCUGGAGGAGCACCGGCUUCUGCCCCCCACUGCCACACAGCCGGGCUGACCAGUUCGACCUCAGCUGGGACCAGCAGCUCAACCUGGCCUACGUGGGCGCCGUCCCUCAUGGCGGCAUCGAGCAGGUCCGGACCCACUGGCUGCUGGAGCUCGUCACGGCCAGCAGGUCGGCUGGGCAGGGCCUGAGCUACAACUUCACUCACCUGGACGGGUACCUGGACCUUCUCAGGGAGAACCAGCUCCUCCCGGGCUUCGAGCUGAUGGGCAGCCCCUCUGGACACUUCACCGACUUUGAAGACAAAGGGCAGGUGUUUGAGUGGAAGGAACUGGUCUCCCUCCUGGCCAGGAGGUACAUCGGGAGGUACGGACUGGAGCAGGUUUCCAAGUGGAACUUCGAGACGUGGAAUGAGCCGGACCACAAGGACUUCGACAACGUGUCCAUGACUUUGCAAGGCUUCUUCAACUACUACGACGCCUGCUCCGAGGGGCUGCGCGCGGCCAGCCCGGCUCUGCGCCUGGGCGGCCCUGGGGACGCCUUCCACCCGCCGCCGCGCUCCCCGCUGAGCUGGGGCCUCCUGGCGCACUGCCACCACGGAGCCAACUUCUUCACCGGGGAGCUGGGCGUGCGGCUGGACUACAUCGCCCUACACAGGAAGGGUGCGGGCAGCUCCAUCUCCAUCCUGGAGCAGGAGAAGGAGGUCGUGCAGCAGAUACAACAGCGGUUCCCCAAGUUCGCUGACACCCCCGUUUACAACGACGAGGCCGACCCGCUGGUGGGCUGGGCCCUGCCCCAGCCGUGGCGGGCCGACGUGACCUACGCGGCCCUGGUGGUGAAGGUCAUCGCGCAGCACCAGGACCUGCUGGUGGCCAACGGCAGCGCCUCCGUCCGCUACGCCCUGCUGAGCAACGACAACGCCUUCCUGAGCUACCACCCGCACCCCUUCUCCCAGCGCACGCUCACCGCGCGCUUCCAGGUCAACAACACGCGCCCGCCCCACGUGCAGCUGCUGCGCAAGCCGGUGCUCACGGCCAUGGGGCUGCUGGCCCUGCUGGACGGCGAGCAGCUCUGGGCCGAAGUGUCGCAAGCCGGGGCGGUUUUGGACGCCAACCACACGGUGGGCGUCCUGGCCAGCGCCCACCGCCCCGCCGGCCCCGCCGACGCCUGGCGCGCCACGGUCCUGGUCUACGCGAGCGAGGACACCCGCGCCCACGCCAACCGCAGCGCCGCGGUGACCCUGCGGCUGCACGGGGUGCCCCCGGGCCCGGGGCUCGUGUACGUCACUCUCUACCUGGACAACCGGCGCUGCAGCCCCCACGGCGAGUGGCAGCGCCUCGGGCAGCCGGUCUUCCCGUCGCCGGAGCAGUUCCGGCGCCUGCGCGGGGCCGAGGACCCUGUGGCCACCGCGCCGCGCCCUUUCCCCGCCGACGGCCGCCUGACGCUGCACCGCGAGCUCCCGCUGCCGUCGCUGCUGCUGGUGCACGUGUGCGCGCGCCCCGAGGAGCCGCCGGGCCAGGUGACGCGGCUCCGCGCUCUGCCCCUGACCCGUGGGCAGCUGCUGUUAGUCUGGUCGGAUGAGCGCAUGGGCUCAAAGUGCCUGUGGACAUACGAGGUCCAGUUCUCCCCGGAUGGCCAGGUGUUCGCGCCAGUCACCCGGAAGCCGUCCACUUUUAACCUCUUUGUGUUCAGCCCAGACACAGCCAUUGUCUCUGGCUCCUACCGGGUUCGAGCGGUGGACUACUGGGCCCGGCCAGGCCCCUUCUCGAACCCAGUGCAGUACCUGGAGGCCUCUGCCCCGUGAGGGCCCUGCUGUCCAGUGCCUUUGCGCCUGUGCUGACCGGUGGGCUGGACCAGCACCAGCUGUCCGCCGGUUGUCAGAUCUGCUCUCUCCUCCCGCCUGGUCACUCACCCCCUUAAAGUGCCUUCCACACCUGGGCCUUGGAGUUGACCUUCGUGGACCGACACUGGCUGGAGCAAGUCUCCCUGCUUCCCUCCCACUCAGACCAUCCCCCUCUCGCCUCCCCGCUCCCCAUGGGUGCCAGGGUGGGAAGCAGGCGGAGGGGCCAAGGCACAGCUGCCAUCAGGUGGUCCCCUGCCCAGCUGGGGUCUCUGGUGGCACCCCAUCCCACCUUCUGCCCAAAGGGGGGACCCACUUCCUGAGGCCCAUCUGGGCUCUCCCUGCACCUGCCAGGUGGGGGCAGGCUGGGCUCCGGGCUGCCUGGCACAGACUGGCCAGCAGCAGAAAAGGCCGCCAGUGGGCUGUGCCCGCUCCCACGGACAUCCUGGCUCCUUAUCUGGGCCCGGAGGGAGACUGAUGGUGAGCUCAGUUGAAGACAAUUUGGGGACAUCUAUAGAGCUGUGGGCAGGGGCAGGGCUGCCACAGGGGCGGUACAGAACCCAGCCCUCCAGCCCACUGCUCCCGGCAGACAGAGCAGGUGAGGGACCACUGACUGCAGACCAGAGAGGUGUGGAGAGCUCACUCGGGCAGGAGCAGAGACCUUGGGCCUGGGGUCCCUGUGGGUGGUGUGGGGGGUGUGGAGGCCGGAUCCCCCUCCUACCCACCGCCCUCUGGGCUGCCCUGCGCUCAGAUUGGGAGGGGAUGGGUCUGGAAGGGCAGACGGAAGACAAGGCCCCGUCCACCCCCAGGCUGCCCAUCCAGUGUCUAUAUGAAAAGUUCAGCAGGGCCUGCGUGGCUCGGUUGAGCAUCGACCUAUGAACCAGGAGGUCGCAGUUCGAUUCCCGCUCAGGGCACAGGCCUGGGUUGCAGGCUCCAUCCCCAGUGUGGGACGUGCAGGAGGCAGCCAGUCAAUGAUA